AUGUAUCCUUUCCUCUUCGUAUCUAUCUAUCUAUCUAUCUAUCUAUCUAUCUAUCUAUCUAUCUAUCUCUUCAUCUCAAUCUAUCUAUCUAUCUCUUCAUCUCAAUCUAUCCAUCUAUCCUCAUUAUCUAGCCAGCUAGCUAUCCUUUUCUCUUCACUUCUAUCUAUCUAUCUAUCUAUCUAUCUAUCUAUCUAUCUAUCUAUCUUCUUCAUAUCUAUCUAUCGGUCUGUCUGUCUGUUUACUUCUCCUCAGUUACUCACCCAUUCAAGAACAGUCUCCCCCCACCUCUUUCUCUCUCUCUCUCUCGCUCUCUCUCUCUCUCUCUCGCUCUCCCUCCCUCCCUCCCUCUUUCUCACUCUCGUGCGCCACCUGGUGGCACAUAUCUUGUGCCCUCAUGGCAGGCAUCGGCAGCAGAAGCGACAAGGAAAUGUCUCGUCAUGUAAUCUUUAUCUUUUCUUCUUCCUUCUUUCGUUAACCCUUGAGAAGCCGUCUCGUCCGCUUGGCGGAUUCCGCUUGAUUUCCUCACCUAAUCUAUUUUGUUUUCCUCUCCUGGUCUAUUUUGUUUCCUCGCCUGAUCUAUUUUAUUUUCCUCGCCUGAUCUAUUUUGUUUCUUCUUUUGAUCUAUUUUGUUUCCUCACCUUAUCUGAUUUGUUUCCUCUUCUGAUCUAUUUUGUUUCCUCACCUGAUCUAUUCUGUUUUCCUCUCCUGGUCUAUUUUGUUUCCUCGCCUGAUCUAUUUUGUUUCUUCACCUGA